ACUGAAGUUGCACACCUACGAACGCAGCGGCGGACGGCUGAGAGGGAAGGCCUGGGGCUGGCUGAGCGAGUUUCCGGUUUCGGACGCUGGCGCUGGCAGGUGAAGGAGGCUGGGGACUGUAGUACCAUGCGUCCUCUAUGGUGCAUUCUCCAGAUACAGAGGUCUCUGAAGUGUCCAUUGGCCUCCGUGUCCUGGCUGCUGCGGAGGACCUGCAGGACCCACAGCAGUUCCCCCAGUACGACGUGUCCUGAUCCACAGGGGCAGAGUUCAGUGAGAGCUCAGAAGGAUUUCAGCGCCAGGCUGGCCACUGGACCAGAUUUUCAGCAUUUUCUAAGAAGUGCUUCAGCUCCUCAACAGAAGCCAUCUUCUCCAGAAGUGGAGGACCCGGCCCCCUAUCUCACAGCAGAUGAACUUCUAGGAAGGCAGAGAAAAGUCUACCUUGAGACCUACGGCUGCCAGAUGAAUGUGAAUGACACCGAGAUAGCGUGGUCCAUCUUACAGAAGAGUGGCUACCUGCGGACCAGCAACCUCCAAGAGGCUGAUGUGAUCCUUCUUGUCACAUGUUCUAUCAGGGAGAAGGCUGAGCAGACCAUCUGGAACCGUUUACAUCAACUGAAAGCCCUGAAGACAAAGCGACCUCGCUCCCGGAUUCCUCUGCGGAUUGGGAUUCUAGGCUGCAUGGCUGAGAGGCUAAAAGGGGAGAUCCUCGACAGGGAGAAAAUGGUGGAUCUCUUGGCUGGUCCAGAUGCUUACCGAGACCUUCCCCGGCUGCUGGCUGUCGUGGAGUCAGGCCAGCAAGCAGCCAACGUGCUCCUCUCUCUAGAUGAGACCUAUGCUGAUAUCAUGCCCGUCCAGACGAGCCCCAGUGCCACUUCUGCCUUUGUGUCAAUCAUGCGGGGCUGUGACAACAUGUGCAGCUAUUGUAUUGUUCCUUUCACACGUGGCCGGGAGAGGAGUAGGCCUGUUGUCUCGAUUCUGGAGGAAGUGAGGAAGCUUUCUGAGCAGGGGCUAAAAGAAGUGACACUUCUUGGUCAGAAUGUUAAUAGUUUUCGGGACAAUUCCGAGGUCCAGUUCAACAAUGCAGUAUCUACCAAGCUAAGCCGUGGCUUCACCAGCAACUAUAAAACCAAACAAGGGGGGCUUCGUUUUUCUCACCUUCUGGAUCAGGUUUCAAGAAUAGAUCCUGAAAUGAGGAUACGAUUCACCUCUCCCCACCCCAAGGAUUUUCCUGAUGAGGUUCUGCAGCUGAUUCACGAGAGACACAAUAUCUGUAAGCAGAUCCAUCUGCCAGCUCAGAGCGGAAGCAGCCGUGUGUUGGAUGCCAUGCGGAGAGGAUACUCAAGAGAAGCUUAUGUGGAGCUCGUUCAUCACAUCAGAGAGUCUAUUCCAGGUGUGAGCCUCAGCAGCGACUUCAUUGCUGGCUUUUGUGGGGAGACAGAGGAAGAUCACCUACAAACAGUGUCUUUGCUCCGAGAAGUUAAGUACAACAUGGGCUUUCUCUUUGCCUACAGCAUGAGGCAGAAGACACGAGCAUAUCAUAGGCUGAAGGACGAUGUCCCAGAAGAAGUAAAAUUAAGGCGUUUGGAGGAACUUAUCACUGUCUUCCGAGAAGAAGCUUCAAAAGCCAAUAAGAUCUCAGUGGGUCGUACCCAGCUGGUACUGGUCGAGGGGUUCAGCAAACGUUCUUCCACUGACCUGUGUGGUCGGAAUGAUGGGAACCUGAAGGUGAUCUUCUCUGACGCAGAAAUGGGCGACGCCACCUGCCCUGGGCUCCAGGUCAGAGCCCAGCCAGGGGACUAUGUGCUAGUGAAGAUCACAUCUGCCAGCUCUCAGACACUCAGAGGACAUGCCCUCUGCAGGACCACCCUGAAGCACUCCUCAGCACCCUGCUGACCUGAGUGGGUGACUCAGAGUGGACUUGGGCAGUUCCUCCCAACAGGAAGGAGACGUCACUGGUCACCUAUGACAGAGGUAACAGUGCUUUGGAAACAAGCUGCAAGUGGUGAAGCACCUUUGUACCAAGUGGAAGAAUGCAUUCUUUGCUGCUAUGUGAACAGCUUUUACAACAAUAAAUGUCCUUAAACUAA